GUUACCCACGUUUCAUGCAAUAGUUUAGACUGUGUUGAAAGUUUUUUCAAGCUGAGAACAUUUUGGAUGAAGUGAGACAGCGAUUUGGACAGAGACCACGCGUGCAAAGAUUACCUUAAGACGAAUCAACGACUCAUAAAUUAUGCCGCCAAAGAAGAAGGGAGCAGAGGCAAAUCAACGCCCACCACUGAUUGGACGAAUUGGAACAAAUCUAAAAGUGGGCAUUGUGGGAUUGCCAAAUGUUGGGAAAAGUACUUUUUUCAACGUGCUGACAAAAACCAUGACAGCAGCUGCUGAAAACUUCCCUUUUUGUACAAUUGAUCCCAAUGAAAGCAGAGUUCCUGUACCAGAUGAACGGUUUGACUUUUUGUGUGAAUUCCACAAACCUUUAAGCAAAGUGCCCGCAUUUCUGAAUGUGGUUGACAUCGCUGGUUUGGUGAAAGGAGCUCAUGAAGGAAAGGGACUCGGAAAUGCAUUUUUGUCCAACAUCAGCGCCUGUGAUGCUCUGUUCCAUGUGACAAGAGCGUUUGAGGAUGAUGACAUUGUUCACGUUGAAGGGGACGUGGAUCCUGUGCGUGAUUUGGAGAUCAUUAAUGAUGAACUAAUGUUAAAGGACCUGGAGUACAUCAACAAGCAGUGGGAUGGUUUAGAGAGGGCGGUCGCUAGGGGAGGCGACAAGAAGAAGAAACCAGAAUAUGAUGUUUUAGGUAAAGUUAGAGCAUUGUUGUCAGAAGAGAAAAAGCCAGUCCGCCAUGCAGUAUGGGACCCGAAGGAGAUUGAAAUUCUUAACCAGCACCUGUUUUUAUCAGCUAAACCUGUGAUAUAUCUUAUCAACUUGUCCGAAAAAGACUACAUCCGAAAGAAAAACAAAUGGUUAGUGAAGAUCAAGGAGUGGAUAGACGCUCAUGACAACGGCUCUGCUAUCAUCCCGUUCAGUGGUGAACUAGAGCUCACAUUACAACACAUGGAGCCAGCAGAGAGAGAAGCUUAUCUCAAAGAGAAAGGUGCAACAAGUGCCCUGGAUAAAAUAAUUGUGACGGGAUACAAGGCUCUUCAGCUUCAGUAUUUUUUCACCUGUGGGAAAGACGAAGUUAAAGCUUGGACUAUACAGAAAGGGUUUAAGGCACCUCAGGCAGCAGGAAAGAUUCACACUGACAUGGAGAAAGGAUUCAUCAUGGCAGAAGUCAUGGCCUACGAAGACUUCAAGGAACAAGGCUCAGAAGCUGCCUGCAAGGCGGCCGGAAAAUACAAACAGAAGGGCAGAGAAUACAUUGUUGAAGACGGGGACAUAAUUUUCUUCAAAUUCAAUGCUGGUGCUGGUCUCCAAGGAAAGAAAAAGUGAAAUGUGUCAAAAUGUUCACUUGUUUUGCUCGAGAAAAGUUUUGGAAAAAGAAGAAAAUAUGACUUCAUAACUGUGAGGGUGUUGUACUGUUCAAUAAAUGACAAAUUUGUAAAUGGAUAUCUGGUUGCCUUGGUAACAUUACCAAGUGUAUGCGAAGAAUGAAACUCUUAAAGCUUGUGCCUCUGUCCUGUAAGGGGGCGGAACUUUGGUAUCAAAGGGAAGUCUGUCACCAUGGUUUCAGUCAUGAAUGUUUAUGGAUGAAUAUUCAUUGACUUUGAUUGACAUCUGUCAGGAGUGACAGAAUUUUUUGUGAAUUCAGGGAAUUGUGUUUGUGCUCGUUUAAAGUACCUGUACGUUGACAGAAAUUUGCUGGAUUUUUUGGGUAAAGAAACAUUUCAGAAAGUCUUAUUCAACCAUUCUUUGGAAACCAAAUAUGUAAAUAGAUUUAGACAGGACAAUUUCUGAUUUAGGGAGUUAAAAAGAUUGAUUUAGUAAAAGUAAGUAAUCUAUGUAUAAGAGGGUGCCACGCCUGACUGAUUUGUGCGAGGUGUUCUCACCACAGCUGACUGAAUGAGAUUCGCUCGCUCAAAGUUGGCUCUGGCUAAUUCGGCUGUGGCCUAAAGGAUACAUUAACUGCUUGGUUUUUAUGCCAGAAUGUGGAGUUCAUGAUGUGGGAAAAUACAGGGGUAUACGUGAAAGUAUAUAAAAAAAACUUGUUAGGUCAGCUUACUUCUUCAGCCAGAAAAAUGGCUGUAAACCACAGUUGUCCCAAGGCCCCAGCGGUCAGUCCAGAAAUUAAGUCGCCCCCUGUGGUGACGUCAGCGGUGAUAUCGAUGUCAAAACAACUUCGUGGUGGAUUGAAUUGGGGACUCCCAGCUCAUUUCGGAUUCCUAGUGUGUUCGGCCAUGACAUCAUUUCUGAAUAUUUCUAAACAUUGACAGAAAAUAUCCAUAAAAUAGAAGAGUUGUUAAGAAAUUUAAAUACACCUCAAAACUGAAGAAAGAUUUGUCUUUUUUUUUUUUCAUCGUUUUCCUGACCCCCAUAUUCCUUGUUCCAUGGUACCUUAGGGAGUUUAAAUGCUAAGGUUUACCAGGUAACUGACAGAACGGCAUUGGCACGCGCCAGGCACACUCCGGGCACACACCGGGCACGCUCCGGGCACACCUCCAAGCUGACUGCUACAGAAUAAGUGGUCCAAGCAGGAAAUUCAGCCUAACAGAUCUAUUUUGCAUCUACUGACAGACUGGAUAAGUACCUGCGUCAAGUUGUUCAAUUGGGUCAGUCUGGUUUCUUCCUGCCAUGAAUAGUACAGCAGUCUGAUAAGUCAAAUAUCAGAAAGCACAAUAAAGAAUAAGAAAGAAUUCAAACUUUAAUUAAAAUUCAUUAUGUAAAAUUUUGGUGGUUAUAAGUUUCCUCGCAACCACAAAGGUGCUACUCUCUAACUGAAUGCUAACUGAAUUUUUCCAUUUCAAUAUGGAAGUUAUUUUAUCUCACGUAACUAAUACUUAAUAAUUUAAAUUAUAAUAUAAUUUCCAAAAAAAAAAAAUUCCUAAGUGUGCAAGUAUCUUCUAUUUAGCCAAAUUCAGGUGGGGACAUUUUCUUGUGGAAAAACUUGAACUGUCCUUGGAUUGCUAUCAUCACUGAAUGUAUUGAAGCUGUUACUUCUCAAGAACAAAGAAAGGUAAAAUCUAUAAUAAUUUGCUCAAGUGUUGCAUGGGAAUGAAAAAUAGAUUAUCCAUAUACACGGACAUACUGUGUGUUUGUAUUUUAUGUGUGCCUGGCUCUGAUUAAGACAUUUAUGUCAUGAACUAAUAUUAAUUUUGUAAGCAUUGGUAGAAAAUCUUCCACUUCAGGGUUUAAAAGCAAAGUAAUGAGGGACUGCUCCGUGCCAAAAGCAAUUCGGGCCCAUGCUGUGGGGUUUGUUCAUGGCUUUCUGAUGACAGAGUGUAGGCAAACGGGUAAUGCUGCUGUUGUAUACUUUAAGAAAACAACUAUCAAUCCAGGCUGAACCUGAGUUGCCACUGGAAAAAAUUCUUUGAAUGUAGUUUUAAGUUGCUUUCCUAUAUGUUAAGUGUUAGCUUAAGGUUUUCAAUUUUUUUUUUUGCUUGAAACCAUAAUUUGAAAUUAGAUUUCAGAUAUUAGUGAAAAAUCAGGCAGAAACAUGAAUUGCUAAGUUUUCUUUAUUUUCUAAAAUUAAACGUACUAUUAAGACAAAUGCUGUCUUUAUGGUAGGCAAUUGCAUGGAACGUUUGUGAGUGCAGAGAGUUAUCUCCCUUUGUAAUCCCUGUUGGAUUGUUUUGAUUUCCCGACUUUUCUACCUGGUUACAUGUAUGUUACCGUCAGAAGAGG